AUGGCUUCUGUCAGCAGGUGCCCCCAGGUCCCCUUUUCCCCCACAGGUGCCAGCGGCAGCCAAGCGGGCACUGCCAGCGAGCUGCGCAAACACCUGCAGGACUGCAUCCAGGCCGUGCACCCGCUGGGGCAGAGGGUGACUGCGGUGGGCCCGGUGCGCCAGCCACCCUCUGUGCAGCCCCAGCCCUCAGCCACCGCUGGCCCUGCUGCCCUCCAGCCCCAAGGCAGCCACGCGGUCAAGGCAGAACCGACAGCUCCAGGCAGCACGGUGCAGGAGGAGGGCGCUGCCAAGGAGGCGCCGCCGAGCUGCCCGCGCCCGUCCCCGCAGAGGAGCUCGGAGCUGCGGAGGGACCCACCGCCACCACCACCACCACCAGCGCUGCCCCAGCAGCAGCCUCGGCCCCGGCGCCCCGUGGACUCUGUGCCCUGCGUGGGGCCGCAGGCGGGUGGCGGUGUGAUACCCGUAGUGAUGGAGGAGUCGCUGCCCAUCACAGCCGAGCAGCGGCCCGAGAGGGAGCGCAUGAAGAAGCUGGCCCAGGAAGAGCGGCAGCGGGCGGCCCAGCAGAUGAAGAUCGGCCCCGUGCAGUUCCUGGUGCAGCGGGAGAUAGACAUGGCCAUCGCCGACCAGUACGGCUACCCGUAACCCUGCGCUCCUCGCCGGCCCGCAGCACCAGGCAGCAGCGGCAGCGUUCCAGGGGCUCCGCCAGCGGCCCCAUCUCUCCCCUCCACAACCGAGCCGUCCUCCAGAGUCAGCACAGCAGUGGGAUGGGACGUUGUCUGGCUGCUCAGCUGUGGUGGGACUGCAAUUUUAGGAU